AUGGGGUACCACGGGAAAUGCAUCGAGACUGUGAUCGAGCAGCUGGACCAGUUUAAGCCCGAGAAGGACAGUGCCGAGCAGCUCCUGGAGGCCACGGCCGCGUCCCUGCAGAGCCUGAGCCUCCGGAAGCAGGCCUUCGUCCUGGAGGUGCUGUCCGGCUGCCUGGAGUACCGGCAGCUGCUGGCGGUCGUGGUGGACGCCUUCUACGCCCAGGAGGGCCGGCUCUGCCUCUGGGCCGACUACAACCGCUUCCUGGUGACCUGCUACCUGGCCACGUUCCAGCUCCAGGAGCUCGGCUUCCAGCUCUUCAGCAGCAUCGUCAGGUCCCAGCCAGCGGACAAGAUGUGCAAGUUCCUCAGGUUCUUCUUCAACCCCUUGAACCUCAACUCGUGGGUGCAGGACGAGUGGAGCCUCGUCUAUGAGAAGCAGCUAGUGGAGACCUGGACGGCCCCCCUGCUGAGAUGGCAGCCGGACGUCCAGGGACUCAUCAACCAGCUGGAGGGGGCGGUGGCCAUUCAUCCCCCUCCUUCAAAGCCCAAGGUCACCAAGCCCAAGAAGUUCAACCUGACUGUCCCCAAGCCCCGAGCCAUUCCAAUCCCUGAGCCUGUCCCUGUCGUGGCCAAGCCAAAACCAGUCCCCAGGAGCACCUACCAGUCACCCAGGGAGCCGCAGGUGCUGGAAAUGACCAAGAGUUAUAAUCGCCGAAAGGCGGAGGAGCUGCUGCUGAAGGCGAACCUGGAUGAGAUGCGCUGUGCGAUGCCCUGGGCCCGCGGGGAGCCCCCCGUGCAGGACUCCAAGAAGCUGAGACUGCAGCGCUCUUCCCUGAUCCGCCGGAGUCCGAAGCUGACCUUCUACAAGCCCAACGAGGUCCCGGUGAAGCUGAACACGACGGCCAUCCUGCGGGAAGAGGCCCUGUACCAGCGGCAGGUGGAGAAGGAGCUGCAGAGGGUGGACAGGCUCAUGGACGGGGCCGGGGACUUCUCCGACUUCCUCGAGUGGCAGCAGAAGAUGCAGGCGAAGGACCUGGAGGAGCAGCGGGCGGCGGGCGCGUGCCGGCGGCUGCAGGGGCAGCUCAGCCGCGAGGAGGCCGCGCUGGCCCGGCAGCAGCUGCUGCAGCAGAACCAGCGCAGGGCGGCCCAGAAGAAGGAGGAGAUGGCGGAGCUGAUGCAGCGCUGCACACAGAGGCGCCUGCAGGAGGAGCGGUCUGCGAAGGAGCGGGUGGAGCAGGUGAUGGAGGAGCAGAAGAACAUCAAGGCCGCACAGAUGAAGCUCCUGAGGGACCGGCGCCAGGCAGCCCAGGCGGUGACCGCGGAGACGCUGGCCCUGCACCAGCAGCGCGCUGAGGCCGCCCGGGAGGAGCAGCAGCGGCGCUGUGAGCUCAUCGCCCACCUGCGGGCCAUGGAGACACAGCCCACGCGCAGGGGCAAACUCGUGGACCUGACCCAGAUCCCGGGGCACGGCCUGGAAGGGGAGAUGUCGGUCGUGGAGCUGCGAGAGCGGCUGGCCCUGCUCAAGGAGGCCCAGCAGCGCCAGGAGGAGGAGAAGCGAGACCAGAUCAUCCAGGGCAAGCGCGCCCGGAGCCGGGAGCUGCAGGAGGCGCUGGAGCGGAUCUCGCUGUGCCGCGCGGCCAUGGGGAGGUCUGCGGCCUUGAGGUGGCAGGAGAAGAUCCCAGAGGCCCAGGCCACACCGUCCCAGGACGAGCGCGUGCAGGAGCUGCAGCGCCGGAUCGAGGAGGUGGCCGAGCGCCGCAGGCAGGCAGCCCAGCCCACGGUGCCGGCUUCGCGGGCCGCGCGCCCCAAGCCGCGGGCGCAGCUGGAGGCGCAGCACUGGCUGAGGCUGGAGCAGAGCCGCGAGCGCAGGCUGCGGGCGCUGCAGCAGGGGAGCUCGGCCUGCGGGCCCGCCAGCCGCCUGGAGGCCGCCUGAGCCGGGGGAGCGCGCCCCUGCACCCCGAGACCCCGCGUCGCCUGAGCGGGGCCAGAGCGUCCCUGCACCCGAGAUGCCCGCGUAAUAAAGCGUGCGACCCGCCUGUGCGCCUCCUCUGGCUCGGCCGCCCCCUC